AUCUGAAAAAAGAAUGAAAUGAAAUAAUAAAAAGAUAAAAAAAAAAUAAAUACAAAUAAAAAAAAAGUCAGAAUAUACGAUAAUCGAAAUAUUUAUAAUGUGAUAAAUGGUGUUUAAGUGUGACUGACCACCUUUAACUUUACUAUUGUUUACUAAAGAAAAUAAUCGGCCCCGAAGGCAUAAAUUUAGUACAUUUGUAUUGUGUGUUAUUUAAAUACCCGCGGUCAAGCACGGCCAUGUGUUGAAUUAGACCGCCUUAAAACGCUGUUAAUAUUUCGAUAUAAUUUUCUUUGUGUAAGGUGCACAAUACAUAAAAUAUGUUAUUUAAAGUGUCAGUAAUUGUACAGAUCUAUGUUUUUAACGGAAUAGUGUUAUAACUGAAACGAUUUAAAAACUAAGUUACAAAUUUUAGAGUCAAUGCAAGAAAUGAUGAUUACGAAAUCAGAGGUUUAAUACAAAGUGCAAACAAUUUGAAGCAGAGCAUUCGAAAAUGGCGUCAUGUAUGGUAGUUGUGAUAGAGGUAUUGUGCAUAUUUGGACUAGUAUCGUCUCAGAUUGUGACUUUAGGGACAUGUCCCCAAGUCAAGGUUCAGGAAAACUUUGACCUUAAUAAGUACUUAGGGAAAUGGUACGAAAACCGCCGCUAUGCAAACUGGUUCUCGUUGUUCUCAAACUGUGUUACGGCCGAGUACAGCAAGCUGUCAGAAACUAGCGUUAAAGUAAACAAUACUGGAUGGCUGUAUUUGUCUAAUGAAAUUAGCACAGCCAUUGGAAAUGCUGUUGUGCAAGAUGGGGCAAAGCUUGGAGUCCGAUUUUCCGAGUUUGCACCAUUUGGUGCAUAUUGGGUGCUAUCAACAGAUUACACUUCGCACUCUAUAGUAUGGUCCUGUGAGGAGUCACCGAAAGGCGCAAUACAGUUCAAUUCACAAUAUCUAUGGAUUUUGACUAGGUCGCCAAAGGGCGUGUCAGAGACUGAAAUGGACAGGUUAUUUGAUAUUCUUCACGGAUACGGCAUCAAUACGGACAUACGCAAACUGAAGCCAACGAAACAGACAAAUUGUUUUGGGAGAAACAUGAAAAUGUAAAACAAAAUCUAAAAUAAAUCAAAUUCGUAAAAUAUUGGAAAUGAAGCAAUUCUUUGGAGACAUGAAUACUGAAAUACAAAAACCAAAGCCAACAAAACACACCAAUGGCUUUGGAAGAAACAUCAAAAUGUAAACAACUAAAUAAAUCAAGUUCGUGGAAUAUUGAAAUUGCAGCGACUUUUUGAAGGCAGAACAACUGAACUGAUAAAAACCGAAGACAACGAAACACUCCAAUGGCUUUGGAAAGAGCAUGAACAUGUAAAACGUCUAAACAUAAAUCAAGUUCGUGAAAUAUUGGAAAUGCGGCUACUCUUUGAAGACUGAUUUACACAAACUGAAGACAAAAGAAUUCCAGAACUCACAAAUUACAAAUUGGAAGAAAUAUGAAAAUGUAAAACAUCUAACAAUGAUCAAGUUUAUAAAACAUUGGAAAUGCGGCAACACUGUAUCAAAUGUAUAUGAUUUUGCUAAAUGUGAAAGAAAACUGUAUUUAGGGCUGCAACCACAAUUAAAUCCGUGACAUGAUA